AUGCUGUCCGCCCUGCCAGCCUGGAAGAUGGUAAGCACCACGGCAGCAGGCAUAGACGCCUGCCACACACAAGCCUGACUCUCUCAUGAAGUCACUCUGUCCAUCGCCCUGUUUGUUUGUGCCUCAGAGGGUCUGCCUUCAUUCGCUUCCCAUGUGCCGCAGACCGACCAACGGCCAAGCAAGCGCCGACUCGGUUGUCCGCCUCCAUAGGUGUGUGCGUAUGCCUGUUGACCCAACAAAGCUGACGGGAUUCUCAAAUUGCUGGGCUCUGUGUGUGUGUGGGUGGCUUGCUUUCAGAGUCGCAGAGGUGCGGGUUUUCUCGAGUCGGGCCCGAGAUGUUUGGAGGAAGUAAGAGGGAGAUGGAUGGAUGUGUGUGGGUAAGGGACGUCAUCAGACAGCGGCGUGUGUGGUGUGGACGCGAUGAUGACAACACUAGUACAACCACCAUUGUGUCGGCUGAGCCUCUCUGAGAGGGCGUGCUGUUCCAUCUCAUGCAUCACCAACUGACCCACACAGACAGACAGACAGACAGACGUUCUGAGCACCGGGCACAGAACAGACGCACUGUCUUCUCUCUCUGUUUCUGUGUGUGUGUCUGUUUCUGUUUUUCAGGUCUGACGAGGUGUGUGAAGUGCCGGCAGCGUGCAAGACUUCCACACUCACUACGACGCCUCCCGCCACUCCCUCCUCGGCCAUCCCCGUGAACGCCAUCCUGCCGCCUCCAAAGGCCAGACGGCUCAACCUCGAGCAGCCGGGGUGUGUCCACACCAACACGGACCUCUUCAAGGGCUUCCAAUGGCGUGCCAUUCAUCCCCAGCGACAUAGUCUGGGGGGCCCUCAGCAUCGCCAUCGACUCGCGAGUGCUGGAACUUGCGCAGCUUGA